AUGAUUAGCUGCUUGGACGAUCAGCAGCUGUCAUCGAUGCAAUCGACGUCCGAGCUUGGUGACUCACGGAAAAAAUUAAGACAAGUGGAAUGCUGUGUACAUGGCCGACCAUGCGCUAUUGCGUCCAAACUAUCACGGGAGAAGGAGGAAAAAGCCAACCAUGAUUCUUCAUCAGGCUCGCACAACUUGACAGGAUCUGGUUACAAAAGUUUUUUUGAGAAGUCUGAGUCACAUGUGAACCACCAUGAUGAUAGCUCAUACAAACUGCGCAAGAAGAUUGAACGUGAAGCACUGGACGUCCCGGUAAGUACAUGGAAUUUCGGUGCAUCUCACUCAUCGACCUCUCCAUUCACUUCUGAACCGAUUACACGUGUGUCUGAAGUUGAAGACGUGGGAUUGCUACGUAUUCCCAGUAAAGAAAGAACAGCAAAUACUUCUACAGAGUUUUAUCGUAAAGCGUUACAGCAUACUGGACAUAGGGCAGAACACCUAGGUCUGUCUAGAACUAUGGAUGCACCACCUAUUGGCCAAAUGAAAAAGCUAACUACUUCAAAAGAAAGGCAUGACCAAUAUGAAAUGAUGCGCCCGACCACUCUGGCACCACCACCUAUGUCCAAAGAACAUGCAGUGCGAACAACGCGGAUACACGGCUCAGCGGAAGUGUCACCAUCAGUGGAAGCCUACAUUGGAAUAUUGACCGCAAAGCAAGCUGAGGAAUAUAUUAUCAAGCCCGCUUCAUUCAAACUCUACCAUCUGAUGCCGAAAAUCGAUUCAUUAAACGACGUAUUACCAUCGCUCGGUCUUUACAUAAUUUAUCGAAGUGGUACAGGUCACGUGUAG